ACGUCAUAAUCAUCCGGAGAGGGAUGUAGGUUAUGACGCAAGACGAUGUAAGGGAGAAUCGACGACUUGUCUUACAAGAUGGAUCGCCAAUGCUGCGUCCGCGCCAGGUAGACCACGUAAACGUCCGUCUUCCGGCUCCGGAGGAGAGGUUAGCUCUCCGUCCAAGCCGACCGUGCCGAAAAUGGCUGUGGAGUUUUUGAUGAAUCGGCUUAAGGCCUUGUUCGUAUUGCUCUUCGGGAUAUUUAAGCGCGCGAUGUGCUGCCUCCGACGUCGAAGACGAUCAUCCUGCGACUCUGUCCCCUUGUCCACUGUCGGCGUGGUGCCGAAUGUUCUUACUAGCUCGACGGAAUUGGAGCAAUGGGAUAAGUGGGAAGAAAAUCCAAUUGUUGUUAUACCAGAUAAGCCAGUUAAUACCAUACAAGCUAAGAUAGAGCAAUAUCGACAACAAGUAAUUAAGCCUCCUGAAUCGCCCACUGAAGAACAACUUAACUUUUUUGAGGAUAUGACUCCGAAAAUCACUAGACAGGCAAAAAUUCUAAUAAAAGAUAAGCAUGCAGAUGGCUCGUCUCGUAACAUUGCAAAAUUCACGGCCAUGGAUCCUGUUCCGACUAAUGAAUUAGGAGAAUGGGAAGAAAACUCCGCUGGUUGGGAAGUGGACGACUUCAAUGAUCCUACCAAAGUGCUGCGAGAACAAAGAAGGAGAGAGCGGGAGCAGCGAUUAAUGGAACAGCAGCAGAAAAGGCUGGAACGUACUGCAAAACCGCAACCCUUGGGUGCAAAACUGUGUUCCUGAUGCGAGAUCACAAAUGCGUGGGAAUUAAUAUCAAAAUACACAAUAAUGUACAUUUUAAUGGGAUACAUGCCGGAUAUUUUUAAUAUAGAAAUUGGCAUGUUCAUAUAACCUUUUAUUACUCGAUACUUUCAAUAUCACGUGUCAAUUUUAUCUUCUUGCUUUUUUAUUAUUGCGUAUCAGUCAUGCAAAUUUAAAAAUAUGACGCGGAAAUUUCUUCUUUAAAUGUUGCAUCUUCAAAAAAUGCAGAUUCGUUAUAUUUUAUUUCCUAUAUUAUUUGUAUAUUAAAUAUUUUUAAUCUUCCAAAAGGGCACUAGAGAGUUAAUCAUGAGAGAAAAUGCAAUACAUUUACUUGAAACAAAGUGAUAAAAUUGCAUGAAUAUAGAGUAUUAUGUUAAUGCAUUGUAUUAGAAGAUUGACUGUUUUGUUAUAUUUAUGUGCAAAUGUAUUCAUGGACAUUUUUCAGUAUUUAAACAUUAAUUUCAUAUUAUUUCUUUUAAUACUUUGUAAAUGUAAACAGAAAAAUAAUGUGUAAACAGCAUCGAUAUGAUUAUCUUUCCGAAAAAAUAGUAUUUGUAAACAUUCCAUAUGAAUUUUGUACAAUCUCGAAUGUGAUGCGUCUGAAUUUCUGUAUGAGCGGAUAAUCAUUUUGUAAGUUUAUAAUAAGUCGAUGUAUAAUACCAGGCGGAACCUAUCACUUGACAAAGUUUGUUACAUUUAUGAGUAUAAUCUUUAUGAAUUUUAUUAAAAGCUAAAAUCUCGGAGGCUGUGUAGGAAACAAGAGAGAUUUUAGUGCGAUGCUUCGACUUGUUAUAUUUUUUCCUUUUGUUAUUCAUGCACAAUUGCAAAGAAAAUGGCAUGGAUCGUGGAUUUUAAGAUGUUUCAUAAUAAAAAAAGGAAUUCGUUUAUGUUUGAAUUUGACAAUA